CUAGGUCUGGGAUAUUGCUAGCGCACAUCAGACAUCUCUCUGGACACGACAAGACAUCUAUUCCCUUGAUUUGCCCGAAACGGCCGCUAUAUCGCCUCAGGAAGUGGUGAUAAGACCGUCCGUCUCUGGGAUAUUGUUGAUGGCAAGCAGGAACUCAUCCUCAGCAUCGAGGACGGCGUCACCACUGUUGCUAUCUCCCCAGACGGCCGCUAUGUGGCUGCUGGGUCUCUUGAUAAGAGUGUCCGCGUCUGGGAUACCACCACUGGAUACCUUGUUGAGCGUCUUGAGAGCCCUGAUGGCCAUAGAGACAGUGUUUACAGUGUUGCUUUUGCACCAAAUGGCAGAGACCUUGUUAGCGGCAGUUUGGACAAGACUAUCAAGAUGUGGGAGCUUACACCCCCAAGAGGAAUGGUACCCGGAACAGGACCAAAGGGAGGAAAGUGUGUACGCACUUUCGAAGGACACAAGGUAUGCCAACUCCGUAGCGAUCACCAUAUUAUCUUGGACAUGUUUUCCUGGCUAACCAUCUAUUUACAGGACUUUGUACUUAGUGUCUGUCUGACACCUGACGGCCACUGGGUGAUGAGCGGCUCGAAAGAUAGAGGUGUUCAAUUCUGGGAUCCUGCUACCGGCCACGCUCAGAUGAUGCUCCAGGGUCACAAAAACUCAGUUAUCUCGGUUGCCCCGAGUCCAACUGGCCAGUUAUUCGCAACUGGAAGUGGAGACAUGCGUGCUAGAAUCUGGAGGUUAGUACUAAUUCCCGUUAUCCCUUAUGAUAUUCGGUUAGUAACGAUUCGCUAACCAUCUUUAUACUUAGCUACUCGACAUGGAACCGCCGAUAAAUCUAUUGUCACUCAAUUCCCCAUCCAGCUUCUCUCCACACCGCCACUCCUUAGCAAUACUCUUAACUACUUACAUCUUUAGAAAUAAUGGCGCAAUUUUACUUCCUCUUCCCUGUCCCUUCUUGCCUGUCAGUUUAUUGUGUUUUCACCCAUAUCUCCACCGGCCUCGUUCUGUUUGUGUGCUUUAUCAAUGUGCCCCGACGACAAAC